UGGGACUCUGUUUUCAGCUGGGUGACUUGCUCCCUCCCAGCACCAUGCCUUACAACUGCUACCUGCCCAACCUGAGCUUCCGUUCCAGCUGCUCCUCCAGGCCCUGCGUGGCCCCCAGCUGCCACAGCACCCCCCUGCCCGGGGCCUGGAACAUCCCCGCCAAUGUGGGCAACUGUGGCUGGUUCUGCGAGGGCUCCUUCAAUGGCAGCGAGAAGGAGACCAUGCAGUUCCUGAAUGAACGCCUGGCCAGCUACCUGGAGAAGGUGCGGCAGCUGGAGCGGGAGAAUGCAGAGCUGGAGAGCCGCAUCCAGGAGCGCUGCCAGCAGCAGGAGCCCCUGAUGUGCCCCAGCUACCAGUCCUACUUCCGGACCAUCGAGGAGUUCCAGCAGAAGAUCCUGUGCGCCAAGUCUGAGAACGCCCGGCUGGUGGUGCAGAUUGACAACGCCAAGCUGGCCGCAGACGACUUCAGGACCAAGUACGAGACGGAGCUGGGCCUGCGGCAGCUGGUGGAGUCGGACAUGAAUGGGCUGCGCAGGAUCCUGGACGAGCUGACCCUGUGCAAGGCCGACCUGGAGGCCCAGGUGGAGUCCCUGAAGGAGGAACUGCUCUGCCUCAAGAGGAACCAUGAGGAG